AUGUUCGCCAAAAAACUCACAACCGCCCGCCAUAGCCGGUUUUGGGCCGAAAAGCGCAUCAUAGCCAUCUCCUUCUUCAUCACACUCUCCUACUUCCAAUAUGGCUACGACUCCGCCGCUAUCGCCGGUUUCCAGUCUAUGCGCGGCUUCCUCAAGAUCUAUGGCCAUGUCGACCCGCACACUCCCAUCGGCUAUAACAUCAGCACCAACGUCCAGCGGCUGAUCCAGUCUCUCAUCAACAUCGGGAGUUUCAUGUCCGCUUUUGCCAUCUACUUUCUGGGUUCGAAGAUCUCGCGGCGAUUGGGGUUGUGGAUUGGCUGCGCGCUCGCCUUCUUGUCCGUGUCGAUCAUGAUUGGGGUCGAGAAUCUCGGGGGCCUGUAUGCGGGUCGCUUGUUGCUGGGCAUGUCGAAUGGGUUUCUGGUGCCGUAUAACGUCAUGUUUGUGAGCGAGUCAGCGCCGAGUUUGUUGAGGGGACCGAUACUCGGGAUGACAGUCUUACAGACUUCGCUGGGGGCGCUGUUUGGGAUCUUGGUGGAUAACUACACGAAUGGGAGGGAAAGCGAGGAUGAAAAUGCGAUCAACGCCAUUCGACGGUUGAGAGGCAUCAAGGACGAAACGCUGCUUCGAGCAGAAGUCGAGGAUAUCAGGAGCGCGUACGAGAUGGAACAGGAGCUUCAUGCCGGUAUCCAUCUGAAGGGCAUGUUUCGUGGUACGGAUCUGCGAAGGACACUGCUCAGCUAUGGGUGCAUCAUCGGCGGAACUUGCACCGGAAUCACGUUCAUGGCGGGCUUUUCGGUGUACUUGUUUAUGAUGGCCAAGGUCGGAAAGCCAUUUUACUGGGUCAUGAUAUCCCUGGUCAUCGCCUUGACGGGGAACAUGUUGUCGUUUUCGGCCAUGCGCAUCUGGGGUCGCCGCCAGCUGAUCAUUUAUUGUUCCAUUGGGUCGGCAGCCAUGUGGCUCGGCAUGGCCAUUAUAUACACGGUGUCGGGCAGUCACACUGCGACGGAUAAUGGUGCGGGGGCCGCAAAGGGACUGGUUGCGCUGUCGAUCGUAUACGGCUGGGUGGCAGGCUUCGGACAGGCGGGUGUGCUCAUUGCUCUGGCGGCCGAGAUCCCGUCGCAAAGAUUGCGGUCGCAGACGGUGGGAACCGGAGCUGGGAUUAACGCAUUCUUUGGCUGGAUGGUGUCGUUCUUUUCGCCCUACUUUAUCAAUUCGGAUAAGCUGAACUGGACCCCAAAGUAUGGUUACAUCUGGGGAGGAAGCAAUCUGAUCUUGGCCGUUUGGACGUGGGUGUUUGUGCCCGAGACAAAGGGAAGAAGCUUGGAGCAAUUGGAUGAACUGUUUGAGAAGCGCGUGGGUGCCAGGCAGUUUUCUUCAUAUGUCGUGGAGCGUCCGCUGGUUGAUGACGUUGUGGCAUCUCGUGCGGAAGGAACGAACGGCAAGCAUCGGGAGAAAGAAGCACCUGCCUUGACUGAAAGGACGGUGUGA